UGUGCGUCGUUCAUGAAUCAUUUAUAUCAUGACAGAUUCGAGAAAGCUGUGUGCCACGGCAUGUUGUUGUGUACGUUUUUAGGUGAAAAUUAAGUCUUUAACGUUUGUUUGGAGUGAAUUGCUCGUAAUGACCUUCAGUUGAAAAUACAGGACGAUGACACGACGACUGAGCGCCUGCCGUGCACUCCUGAUCGGUGCUGCAUGUCUUAUAAUGUUACUAGCGAGCCAUAGGUUAGCAGGCUCUGCCUCGAUGCAGCGGGUGGCCGGCCCCCUUUUGGAGUUGGACCAUCCGGUGCCGACCAAUCACGGCAAUUGGUCGAACAACGAAUUGGAGCAAGACGAUUCUUCGAUUGCAAUUCCGUUUGUGAACCGAACUCGGGAAAUUCAGGAUGUCAUUAGCGAGCAGAGACUUCUCAUUGCUCAAGAAAUGGAGGGUUACAAUUACCCCGACGGCCAACACAACAUAACUGCCAAAUCAUUGCAGGAUCUUGCCCCUGAGUCGGGAGGUCAACCAAUCAGGACUUUGGUGGCGACAACGUGGCGGUCUGGCUCAACCUUUCUGGGAGAUGUUCUGAAUAGCCAUCCAGCAAAUUUUUACCACUACGAGCCGCUUUUGGAUUAUGAAAUAAUGCAGAUACGUGAAGAACCUCUUGCUUCAGAAGCAGUUUCAAAGCUGAAAGCAUUACUUCAUUGUAACUACACAGGUCUUGAUCGUUAUCUCACCUACGGUCAAUAUCAUAUUGAACUGUUUGCUCAUAACACAAGGUUAUGGGCCCAAUGCCAAGAGCAUCGGGAUCUUUGUUGGUCCCCUGAUUUCCUCUCUCCUUUCUGUCGUCUGUUCCCAUUCCAAAGUAUGAAAGUUGUACGACUAAGGCUCAAAUUAGUAGAAGAAUUUCUUAAAGACCCCAGCCUUAAUGUUCGGGUAUUACUCUUGGUUCGUGACCCGCGGGGGACUGUACAGUCCCGAAAGCAUCGAGUGUGGUGCCCCAAUCAUCCAGAUUGUGCAGAACCCGCACUUCUCUGUUCGGAUUUGGUUGCAGACUACAGUGCAGCAGUGGAAUUGAACGCCAAAUAUCCAAACAGGUUCAGUGUUCAACAGUUCCUGGAUACUCAUACAAAAGUUGAUGUUGGAGGUGUUUCAAGCACAUACCGCAAUUCAAAAUCUGCACCAUUUCAUUGGCGUCAGGAUUUGUCUCAUCAAGAAGUGAGAAAUAUUCAAAGAAUUAUUAGUGUAUUACAGGGAAGCGAGUACCAUGCCAUGUUCUGGGGUUUUAUGUAUGACAUUCCUUUAGAAUCAUAUGCAAAGUUCAUUUUGAUUGUGAAAAAUGCGUAA